CUAUGGUAACAGCGAGGUCGCUCUUGUGAAGAGCACUCGGAGGACCCGGAAGUCGUUUUUCUCUUUUUCUCAGAACCCGGCGGUAAGAUGGCUACCACCGCAGAAUGUGACGUGAUGAUGGCGCCGGAGGAACCCGAGAGGACCACGGAGGAGCGUGAGAGCAGCGGAUCUCGGUCUAAAAUGAAGAGACAGGGGGAUAGGACACAUUCUUGGGAGGCGGAGGCCUACAAAGAAAAGGGAAAUGCAUUCUAUGCCCAGAAGGACUACAACCAGGCAUACAACUACUACACAAAAGCCAUAGAUUGGUCAUGCAAAAAUCCAAGUUACUAUGGCAACAGAGCAGCCACAUUGAUGAUGCUGGCAAAAUUCCGGGAAGCAUUAGAAGAUGCCCAACAGGCAGUACGUCUUGAUGAUACCUUUGUUAAGGGUCACCAGCGAGAGGGCAAGUGCCACCUGACGCUUGGCAAUGCCAUGGCUGCUACCCGUUGCUUUCAGAAGGUAGUGGAACUGGAGCCAAAUAAUGAACAAGCUCGACAAGAGGUAAGAGAUUGGCAUUUAGAGAGAUACUAUGUCUGAUCAGAAGAUUUGCUC